CAAAACUCGAACGUUAAGUCCUGAACUAGGACUUUCAGCGGCGUCUCACUUUUCGCCCUCUCUCCGCCAUGGACACAACGACAUCAGUGACUUUCAGGCUCCUGCUGGUGGUUGGAAGUGCAAGCUUGGGCAGUUGCCUAGGGGAUCAGUGCUCUGUAGUACACUAUCUGGCAGCUGGGGAAAUGCGAUCUUUCCCCUUUCGGUCUGGCAGUCAGUUCAUAGACAACCUGCACUGCAUCUUCAGCUUCUCAGCACCCACGGAUCAUCGUCUGACGAUGGCAGUGUCUGACCUUGAUAUGGCACCACCCUCAACUGAUAUGAAUGGCAAGACUUCAUGUGUCAACGAUGUGCUCACCAUCUAUGACCUGACUGGUGGACAGUUAAAAGCCAUUGGCAGCUAUUGUGGAAACAAUGCUACUGUGAAUCCUGAGUUUGUCCUGUCUUCAAAUGUUGCUGUGGUGAGCUUUGUCUCUAAUGAGAGCUCUACACCACGCAGGUUCACUUUAACACUGGGAGUUGUACAGCAAAUGCAGCAAGUGCAGCAAAAUGGAUCUACUUCUGAAGGACAGAAAGAAGUGGAGACAGGAACAGAAGCAGGACAAGGAAAUGGAGAAGAAGGAGAAGGAAAUGGUGAAGAAGAAGGAACAGGAGAAGAAGAGACCACAACAGAGACUGCUGAAGGAGAAGAGGAGACUGUGACAGAGACUGGAGAUGGAGAAGGAGAGGAAGGAAGGCAAUGA